CCAAGCCAGCCACGCUUUCACCGCAUUAUAUAAAGCCCUCACACCACCUCCAAAACACGGAACCAGAAAUUCCUCCCUGUCUUUCUCUCUCCUCACAUCCCAGGGGAAAUAAAUAAAAAAAUCAAAAUCCCCAAUUUCAGAAACCCCAAAUCCAAAACCCUAAUUUACAUUUCUUAAUUUGUUCGAAUUCGAUUCGUCAAAUUUCGUUGAAUUUUCCAGUUACUUUAUUUAGACAUCGUCUUGAUCGGAAAAGUUGGGGAUUUGAUUUAUACUCUGGGAUCAUUUUGAGACUCAGAGGAUUCUCUGAGAUUUGAAAGAAACGACAAGUUUCUAAGAUGUCUGCAAUUGUGUGUGGAAAGAGAUCUUAUUUUGAAGAACAAACUUCCAUCACACCUGUUUCCAAGAAGCAUCGUUGUUCUUCUUCUUCACCGAUUCGAUUCUCGCCAUAUUCGCCACCGUCUCCGCCGCCGAGGAGCUCCCUUGUUGAUAAGCUCAGGGAAGCCUUCCCUCUUAUGGACCACCAGCUUCUAGAAAAAACCCUGGAAGAAUGUGGUGAUGACAUAGAUGCUGCAGUUAAGAGGCUGCAUGAGUUAUGCUUAGGUUCAUCGGAGGAAAAGUCCGCUUCUGUGAAUCACGUAGUAGCACGUGUGGAACAAGGUGGUUAUUCUGCCGAGCAACAAUCAGUUCCUACAGCAAAUUCUUCUGCCCAGAACACGCUCCCAACAGAUGGUGCUCAGUGGGUGGAACUAUUUGUUGGUGAGGUGGUGGGUGCGAAGACUGUAGAUGAAUUACGGGCCCGUGUUUCUAAGGUGUUGGAAGUUUUAGAGAAAUCAAUAAGGGAAAAUGCAACUGCUGAGGCUACAGAGAAUUAUCAGAAGGAAAACAUCAUGUUGAAGCAGCAAAUGCAGGCGCUUAUGCAUGAUAACGGUAUCCUUAAACGCGGUAUUCAGAUUCAGCAUGAGCGUCAGAAGGAGUUUGAUGACAAGAGCCAAGAAGUGCAGCAACUGAAGCAGCUACUUCCUCAGUAUCAGGAGCAGUUAAGGAGACUCGAGAUUACUAAUUACACACUGAGUAUGCAUCUCAAGCAAGCUCAACAAAGCAGUUCUAUUCCCGGACAUUUUCAUCGAGAUGCUUUUUAGUUAAAAAUGUAAUAUUUGUAGCAUGAAAUAGGCUUAAAUGCUCAGUCAGUUUACCUAUAUAGGGCCUUGUUUAGAAAUUUAGAAGCCUCAAGCUGAUAUUUGAAAGGCCAAAGUUAUGUCUCUUUUAUACUUGGUAUUAUUCUUCAAAAUCUGUGGUCAAGCUUUUCAAUUUAUUUGGAGCUUACAACAGAUGAUGUUAUGAAUCAAACAAAUAUUGAUAGAGUGUGUUCAAUCUUUUUGUGGCCGAAUGAAAAGAUGUGUGUUGUGUA